GGCGGCGGCAUGGGCGGCAGGGCCGGUCCGCUGCGGGUGCUGGUGGACAUGGACGGCGUCCUGGCCGACUUCGAGGGUGCCGUGCUGCGGGGCUUCGGUGCCCGCUUCCCCGGGGAGCCGCGGGUGGAGCUGGCGGCGCGGAGGGGCUUCUCGGUGCGGGAGCAGUACCGCUGCCUGCGGGAGGACCUGGGGGCUAAGGUAGCCAGUGUCUAUGAAGCGCCUGGCUUCUUUCUAGGGUUGGAUCCAAUUCCAGGAGCCCUUGAAGCCAUGCAGGAGAUGGUCCACAUGCAGGACACCGAAGUCUUUAUUUGCACAAGUCCUCUCCGGAAGUAUGAGCACUGCAUCGUGGAAAAGUAUAAGUGGGUAGAAAAACAUUUGGGACCUGAGUUUGUAGAGCGGAUUAUUCUAACCCGAGAUAAGACCGUCGUAUCUGCUGACUUGCUGUUUGAUGACAAGGAUACCAUUAGAGGCGCAGAGCUGAACCCGAGCUGGGAGCACGUCCUCUUUACCUGCUGCCACAACAGGCACGUCCAGCUGCAGGCACCGCGCAGGCGGCUCCUGUCCUGGGCGGAUGAUUGGAAGGCCAUCUUGGAAAGCAAGCGCAGAGAGUAAUGCAAAAAGGGGAUGCUGUGCUCUUCCCGCUGCCGGGGGAACGACCAGCUCAUCCGCUGGCGGGGAAACCCAUUGCAAGGACGCAGCGAGCACCGUCACCCGGGCAGGGGCACUACGGGGGUCAGUUAUAAUAAGAAAUGAGCUGCCCUUGUUAGACAUGCUGCAGAGCUGACUCCUCUCCGGGUUUCUGGAAGAUUGCUCUGCAUUCAGUUAGUUAAUCUCUGUACGGUUUUGGCUGUUUGCUGUCGGUGAAGAGAAACUA